GGAAGAGUUGUGCUCGUCACCGGUGCCGGAGGAGGUCUUGGGAAGGAAUAUGCACUGGCCUUUGCUGAAAGAGGAGCUUCUGUUGUAGUGAAUGACCUUGGGGCAGACACUAAAGGGGGCGGAAAGAGUUCUGCGGCUGCCGAUAAGGUUGUGGACCAGAUAAGAGCCAAGGGAGGCAAGGCAGUAGCCAACUACGACUCUGUGGAAGAGGGAGAGAAGCUCGUUCAAGCAGCAUUAGAUGCGUUUGGAAGAAUAGAUAUUGUCGUAAACAAUGCGGGGAUUCUUCGUGACCGUUCAUUCGUCAGGACAAGUGAUUUGGAUUGGGACCUCAUUCAAAGAGUUCACCUGCGAGGAUCCUUUUUGGUGACCCGUGCAGCCUGGAAUCACAUGAAGAACCAAAAAUUUGGCAGAAUCAUCAUGACUGCUUCAGCUGCGGGCAUCUACGGCAACUUUGGCCAAGCCAACUACAGCGCCGCCAAGCUGGGCCUGCUGGGUCUUUCCAACACGCUGGCCAUUGAGGGACGCAAGUACAACAUCCACUGCAACACCAUCGCUCCCGUUGCCGGCUCGCGCCUCACCGAGACAGUCAUGCCACCAGAUCUUGUGGCUGCGCUGAAGCCGGAGUACGUGGCCCCUAUGGUGCUGUGGCUCUGUCAUGAACAAUGCCAAGAAAACGGAGGACUUUUUGAGGUUGGUGCAGGCUGGAUUGGCAAAUUGCGUUGGGAGCGAACUCAGGGCUGCAUCACUAGACAGAAGAACCAGCCUUCGACUCCUGAGGCUGUCAGGGACCAGUGGGACAAAGUUUGCGAUUUUACAGACUCAACCAAGCCUACUUCAAUACAAGAAUCUCUUCAGUCCAUUGUGAGUGUACUGUCCAAGGUGGAAUCAGGGGAGGGCAUUACCGCAAGUGCAACCUCUGCUGCUGUGGCAUCCCCCACCUCUGGUACUGACCCUGUGAUGGGACAAAAACUUCCUCCGACAACAUUCAGCUUCUCGCACACGCAGUGCAUCCUCUACGCGCUCGGUGUGGGCAUGUCCACCAAAGACCCCGACCAUCUCAGGUUCCUGUAUGAAGGACAUCCAGACUUUGGCUGCCUUCCCACCUUCGGGGUCAUUCCUUCCCAGGCGGCCAUGAUGGAAGGUGGCCUGAGCUCGUUGCCUGGACUCAACAUCGAUUUCACGCAGGUGCUACAUGGCGAGCAGUAUCUUGAGCUCUACAAACCUCUUCCCACGUCCGGACAACUGACCUCUGAGGCCACUGUCGCAGACAUUUUGGACAAAGGCUCCGGGGCCGUCAUCCUCCUUGAUGUGAAGACGUAUAACGGCGACGAGCUGCUGUGUUUCAACCAGUUUUCUGUGUUUGUGGUCGGCGCCGGAGGCUUCGGAGGAAAAAGAACAUCGGAGAAAGCGAAACCUCUCCUGCCUCCGCCUCAGCGAGCUCCAGACGCAGUGCUGGUUGAUUCCACCACUAACGACCAGGCAGCCUUGUACCGUCUGAGUGGCGACUGGAACCCCCUCCACAUUGACCCCAGUUUUGCUGCCAUGGGAGGUUUCCAGUCACCCAUCUUGCACGGCUUGUGCUCAUUCGGCUUUGCGGCAAGACAUGUGCUCAAGCAGUUCGCUGGCAACGACCCAUCUAGAUUCAAAGCUAUCAAGGUCCGCUUUGUAAAACCAGUGAUGCCGGGUCAGUCUCUGCAGACGGAGAUGUGGAAGGAAGGCAGCAGAGUUCACAUUCAGUGCAAAGUAAAGGAGACCGGAGCUGUGGUGCUUUCGGGCGCUUACGUUGAUUUACACGAAACAGCGGAGACGUCUCCCAGUAACCCCCAGGUGGGUGGAAACCUUCAGAGUGAGCUGGUUUUCGCAGAGAUCGGCCGCCGCAUCAGAGAUGCGGGCGGCGAACUGGUCAAGAAGGUCAAUGCCAUCUUUGGCUGGGAAAUCACCAAGGACGGCAAGAAUGCCGCCGAGUGGACUAUCGAUUUGAAAAAUGGGAGCGGUGCUCUCCAUCGUGGCGCCUACGACGGGAAGACUGACGUGACUUUUACCGUGUCGGAUGAAGACUUCAUGGAGGUGGUGCGAGGCAAACUCAACCCUCAGAAGGCUUUCUUCUCAGGCAAGCUCAAAAUUCGAGGGAAUGUUAUGCUGGGUCAGAAACUGGAGGUCAUCCUGAAGGAUCAUGCAAAGCUGUGA